CCGGUUGGGCCUCCCAGCCGCUAGCCACCGGCUGGACGGUGGGCGGGUCGAGGACUCUGGGAAGUUGGAGCUGUGAGGAUAGGGCCGAGGCCUCGGCUGUUUGGGGAAAGGCGGCGAAGCGGGAAGGGACCAGGACAGCUGCGGGAGGCGCAGGGAUUUAACCCGUUAACGCGAGAGGGUCAGAGGCGGGGGUUAGGGAGGAAAGGCCAGGCCGAUUUGCUUGACUGUGUGAAAGGAUCGAAUUGGCAUUUGGGAAGGCUCGAGAAAGAAGUGGGCUGGGACCAGUCCUCGACCUAGACUGUUGGACACAGGCGUAACAAGGCUUCAGAAGGCUAAAGGGAUUGUGGGCUUCCAAGGACGAAAACUACUAAGCUUUUUGUAAUCCGAGGCUGUGGGUGGAACUUAGUAUCCAACCUCAUCAUUCACAUUCUCGGGUUUGCAAAUCAGCUUUGCAAAUCAUUCUUCCCGGCUUGUAACCAAUUGCUUAGGGCGCAGAAGUGGAGUAAAUAGACCACAGAUGAUCAAACGGAAACCCUCUGCAAGUCAGCAUUUAAAAUUGUCUAAUGUCCAGAAACAAUGUGUUGGUUUCCUCGCCUUUGUCUUUCAUUCCUCAGCGUGUUGCACCUGGCAGUCCUACAAGGGAGGAGAAGCAGCUUGAGGCAUCGUUAGACGCACUGCUGAAUCAAGUGGCUGAUCUGAAGAACUCACUGGGGAGUUUCAUUUACAAGUUGGAAAACGAGUAUGACCGGCUGACCUGGCCCUCUGUUCUGGACAGUUUUGCAUUGCUCUCUGGACAGUUGAACACUCUGAACAAGGUCUUAAAGCAUGAGAAGACACCACUGUUCCGUAACCAGGUCAUCAUCCCUUUGGUGCUGUCCCCAGACCGAGAUGAAGACCUCAUGCGGCAGACUGAAGGACGAGUGCCUGUUUUCAGCCAUGAGGUCGUCCCUGACCAUUUGAGAACCAAGCCUGACCCUGAAGUUGAAGAGCAGGAGAAACAGCUGACAACGGAUGCUGCCAGAAUCGGUGCUGAUGUAGCUCAGAAGCAGAUUCAGAGCUUGAAUAAAAUGUGCUCAAAUCUUUUGGAGAAAAUUAGCAAAGAGGAACGAGAAUCAGAGAGUGGAGGCCUCCGACCAAACAAGCAGACUUUCAACCCUGCAGACACCAAUGCCUUAGUGGCAGCUGUUGCCUUUGGGAAGGGGCUGUCUAAUUGGAGACCUUCAGGUAGCAGUGGUCCUGGCCAACCUGGCCAGCCAGGAGCUGGUACAAUCCUUGCAGGAGCCUCAGGAUUACAGCAAGUUCAGAUGGCAGGUGCUCCAAACCAGCAACAGACAAUGCUUAGUGGAGUCCAGAUGGCUCAAGCAGGUCAACCAGGGAAAAUGCCGAGUGGAAUAAAAACCAACAUCAAGUCAGCUUCAAUGCAUCCCUACCAGCGGUGAGUGUGGACAGCAGCCUCCACUCUCAGGUGAUCUGUGCUGAAUUGGGCAAUGAAAUUACUUUUGCUCAAGGCUUACCUAGAUGGGUACAAUAAAAAGAACACAGGCUUUCAGCAACAGACAAAUCUCAGCUCCACUGUGAAUAGCUGUGCGACCUUGGGAAAGUGACCUAAUUUUUCUGAACCCGUGUUCUCAUUUGUAAAUGGUGAUAAUACCUACCUCAUAGGGUUGUUGUGAGGAUUAAAAUGAGAAAAUGAUUGUAAAACACUUAGCAUGGUAUAUGAAAUACUGGGUCUUGAAUAAAUGAUAGUUUCUUACUUUUCCAUCCUGCUAUUCACUGUCCUGCAAACAGAAUUUACUGUGAUUUAUACAGCUCCAUGACAUUGGCAAGCUAAUGGAUACAGGAUCAAGUCAUCUGGGAAUCAGGGCAGCCUGUAUAUUUUGGAGGUGUAUUGUUUCUGUAGCCUCUGCUGUCUAGGUUCCAUCCUGCUGGCUCCAUCCAAGCUGCAGGCAAAGAGGUUUCUGGGCUGUGACACUGUCCACCUACAAGUCUGAUGAAAUCAGUUCAGCUUUUACCUGGGAAAUAGGUAAAAGUACCCAUCUUUUACCCUGCUCUGCUUAUGAAGAUGUCUAGGGACCAAUAGGUGGGAGAUUUCUUAGGAGGUGGCCCUGUCAGGCAACAGCACACAUAAAAUACCAUCUGCCACCUUUGAGAGGAAUUGGGCUUCACACUGUCAUUCAUCAGAGUUUGUUCGUCCUCACAGUAACAGCUUCUCCCUGUUUCUGUUCUCUUCUAUUUUACUAAACGUGUGGCUCAGAUAAGUUCCAGAUUGAAAGUGGGAAGGGCAACAGCCCCAUUCACCUUGCCUGCUUUUGUAGAGUUGAACUGAAGUUUUGAACAGGCAGCCAUGUUGCCUUUCUCAGCGUUCUUUUGUGGGCAAGGGCAGGGAUUGAGUCAGCAGAAGUGGACCAAAGGGUUUCUUUGUUCAAUAAAGUUAUUUAAAUUGA